GCUCUUCACUGUGAGCUCCUUCCUCCGAGCUGUGAGGCGAGCUUGGCAGCUGUGCCAUGGCCUCAGUGAGCUUUGAGGAUGUGGCUGUGCACUUCACCCAGGAAGAGUGGGCUUUGCUGGAUCCUUCCUAGAAGAGUCUGUACAGAGAUGUGAUGCUGGAAACCUGCAGGAACCUCGCUUCGAUAGGAUACAAAUGGGAAGACCAGAACAUUGAAGACCAUUAUAAAAGUCCUGGGAGAAAUCUAAGAAGUUACAUGUUACAGACCUUCUGUGAGGAUGAAGGUGGUGACCCUCACAGAGAAAAGUUGACUUGGAAACCAAAUCUCAGUAUGAGCAUGAAAAGUUCCACUGGCCUAACACCAUGUGAUCACAGUGUAUGGGGGAAGACUUCCUGGUAUCAUUCAUCCUCUAGUAGACAUGCCACAUCUCACUCUCAAUAUAAUCCACAUGAACAUGAAGAAUACAUGACUAAUCAAUGUAACUCUGAUUCUCUGAUAAACUUCCAAAGGUACAUGAGAACCCAUGUUGUGAAUGGGCCAUGUGAAUGUGAGAUAUGUUUAAAAUAUUUUGUUUUUCCAAAUAUACUGGGAAUGCAUCAGGAAACUAAUAGUGGGAAAAGUCUAUAUCAAUACAAGGAAUGUGGAAAGACCUCUAUUAAUAUUAGCUCACUAUGCACACAUGGAGGCACUAACACUGUAGGAAAAUGUUAUGAAUGUAAUCAGUGUGGUAAAGCUCUGAGUUCUUACAGUUCACUUAGAAGACAUGAAAGAAUUCAUGCUGAGAAAAAACCCUAUAAAUGCAAACAAUGUGGGAAAGCCUUUAGAUACCACAGUUACCUUCACUUACAUGAAAGAAUUCAUACUGGUGAAAAACCCUAUGAAUGUAAACAGUGUGGGAAAGCAUUUAUAUUUCCUGGUGCUUUGCAAGUACAUGAAAAAAUUCAUACUGAAGAAAAAUGUCAUGAAUGUAAACGAUGUGGUAAAGCCUUUAGACGUCAUAGUGACCUUCAAGUACAUGAAAAAAUUCACACUGGAGAAAAACCCUAUGUAUGCAAACAGUGUGGUAGAGCUUUUAGACUUAAUAGCCAUCAGCAGAGACAUGAACAAACUCAUACUGAAGACAGAACCUUUAUAUGCAAACAGUGUGGCCGAUCUUUUGAAUGUUACAAUAAUCUUGAGUUACAUGAAAAAAUUCAUACUGGAGACAGACCCUUUGUAUGUAAAGAAUGUAGUAAAGCCUUUAUUUGUCAUGGUCAGAGGCAUGAAACAACCCAUACUAGAGAAAAACCUUAUGGAUGUAAACAAAGUGGGAAAGCCUUCAGACAUGAAAGGACUCACAAACAAAUGUCUACAUGCCCCAGAAAAUAA